UUUGGAGUCUCAUUAUGGCCGAUACUACAUUUUGACAGAGUCCCAUUAACGACCAGAACAUUUUUGACUGUUCUGCUACCAAUGCUGGUGACAUAUUAUGCAAUGGCUGUACUCAUUCUCCUCCCCAAUACACUGUUUCUUCGGCGAACGCUGCUUCCGCUGACAUUAUACUCUGCAAUCAAGGCCGGGUUAUCCAUCGACAUUUCCUGUGGCAAUCUGGCUAGAGCUCAUUCCAAUCAAGGAUAUGUAGUGAGUACAUGCUGGUGAAUGUGCCUCAUUCUCCAAGAAUAACCAUCACACCUUAACAUUUUAGAUGCUAAUAGGGAUGCUAACCAUGCGUGCGAUGGACUGGGCGUUUGCUAGACAACCUUGCAGACGCCUUAUCACAAUCCAAGGUCGCCGCAAUAGAAGGGAAGGCGAAACGAUGCACGAGGGUCGCAGCUCUUUUGUAUCUUCCCAUUCACGAUCGAUAUUAUGGGAUGCUUGUGACCUAGCAACAAAUAUCCGUUAUAUUGGAUGGGAUCGUGCUCGAAACCUGUACGUCCCGCGCGAGACUCGGUCUACAAAUUCCAGAGGCGCAUUCCUAUUUUCGACACUCGUUUCCGCAGUUUUGCAUGCAUUCUUGUGCGAUAUGUUUCAAUAUGCUGUCCAAAUAUUUUCUCCAGAUACGUUUGGUUCCACUAUCGGAGGCACCAUAUUCGACUUGUCUUUGCCUCCUUUCGACCGAUAUUUCCGGUCCAGUCUGAUCACGUUCUUUUUCGGCUGGUCUGUAUAUGCUGUUGCUCAACUCUUUCAUGAUGUUAUGACUAUCCUCUGUGUUCUCAUUCUGCAACAUCAUCCACGACGAUGGCCACCUAUGUUUGAUGCCCCCUGGCGAUCGACGUCACUAAUAGACCUUUGGAGUAGAAGGUGGCAUCAGACACACAGAGUCAGUUUCAUUCGCUUGGGAAUGAAGCCGUUCUCCUAUAUCGGGGGACAUGCAACUGGCGUCUUGGGUGUUUUCACACUCUCAGGUAUCUUGCAUGAUCUAGGACUACGGGCAGUCGGUAGAGGGUCGGAUUUUUGGGCUGUAUCCGGAUUCUUUUUCAUGAUGGGUGUCGGCAUCAAUUUGGAGGUCCUAUGGGCUAGGCUAACGGGGAAGAAGGUGACGGGUUAUACAGGAUGGCUGUGGACUUUGGUUUGGGUGACAUGCUGGGGAAAUUUUCUAGUAGAUGCAUGGUUAAAAAGAGGUGCAGGGGGCACUGUCUUUUUCCCAGAACCAUAUCGUCCAUCAAGGUUGGUGAUGACUGUUCUUCUGCGACUUUGGUGAAAGUACACCUUCAUCUUUGGAAGAUGACGUUAAUAUGUCUGCUUUGGGACAACUAUUUACAUAGGACCUGAUCGAGAAAGCUAGUAUACAAUUACGGGUUUCAGUAUCAGAUGACCAACAAACCUAACUU